AUGCUCCGCGUGUGUUGGUGUCUGUCCGGGGAAGAGUUGGCCGUGCUGCCGUCGGAGGAGUUGCCUGACGUCAGGACGCUGAAGAAAGUGUUGCAUGAACGUCAUGGAGCCCCGCCACGAUUUCGGCAGGCCAUCCUCGGGAAUGGCUGCAGGAUGGCAGAUGAUUGCGGCAUCAUGCAGGUGAGCCAAGUGGAGUUGCUGCUUCUUGAGUUCGUGCCAAGGUCCGAUACCCUCAUAAAACACAUCUUCUUUUCUGUUGUAAAGAACAGCCCUGCCGAGCUGGAGGACCUCUUGCAGUGUCCGAUGGAUCCAAACGUGGAUGAUCCUCGUUUCCCCCCCUUCGAUCGAACACCGCUUCUGCAUGCCGCCCAUUACGGGUAUGCUGAGUGUCUGGAUUUGAUGCUAGAAGCUGGGGCUGACACCGAAGCGCGAGCCCAUAAUGGUGGGAUACCAUGGAUCACGCCGCUCAACUGUGCAGCAUUCUUUGGCCAUUCGGUGCGUGCGCAGCUUGCUAUCACCUGGUGCUGA